AGAGGGAGAGGGAGAGACAAUCCUCAUGCAGACUCCCUGCUAAGUGUGGAGCCUGAUUUGGGGCUCCAUCCCAGGACCCUGAGAUCAUGACCUGAGCCAAAAUCAAGAGUCAGUCAUUCAAACCGAUUGAGCAUCCCAGGCAUGCCUCGAUUAUAUUUUAAAGUUUAUUAUUUAUAUUUGUAAAAAAAUAAAGGGAAAUAGAAUGAAAUAAAAUUGUAAAUGAAAAGAAGAAAAUAGCUAUGUAAUAGUGAUCAUAUUAAGAUGAAAUAUCAUACAGCACAAGGAAAAUGCUAAAGACAGGACCAGAGGAGAUAGAGAUUAACAAUCAACAAGACACUUUAGAUAUGAAGGUAAGUUAAAGAAAAUCUGUGAUUAAUGAAUCAGAUCUGUUACUGAUUCCAAAUAAUGACUACUCCAUAAUUCUUGUUUUAAAUUAAACAUUUUAUUAGGUUUAAUGUACAAAUAAUGUUACUUUUUGAAUAUAUUUUAUAUGUGUGAUGUGACUGAAACUAAGAAUGUACUAAAAUUAAAAUUUUAAUUAAAAUUGAAAUGAAACUGAAGUGUCCUGACUAGAUAAGAUGUGAUAGAUUUCUUUGAAAUGCUUUAGAUAACAUAUGUAAAAAUGAUGUAUGUGAAGGAAUGAAAGGACAUACAACUCUUAGAGAAAAUAGUGGAACAAGACAAUGUAAAGAUUUCAAAUGGUUCACGCUACUGGAUUUUGGAAAUGUAUAGGUUAAUUGAUCUUCACUGGACAAGAGAUCAGUAUGAAAACUAAAAGCUUCCGGCUCAGCUCUGUGAACCAACACAACACCAUCCUUCUUGGUUAAGCACACAUUGUGCCUUGUCGGCAUCGAUACUGGAUCCUUUCUCAUGGCAGCUUCUCAGACCACUUCAUGGAAUUUGAUUUCUGGGAUCUUAGGAGUAAUCUGCCUUUUUUUGAUGGCUACUAUGGGAAUUUUGUUGAAAGAUUUAUAUCCUAAACACAGUAUUCAGCCAACAUUGUCUCCAGAUGCAAUCACAGAACUCCAGAAAGGCUCUAACUGUUGUUCUUGCCCAAAAGGGUGGAUUGGGUACCACUGCAACUGCUACUUCUUUUCUGGUGAAUUAAAAACCUGGAAAGAGAGUCGUGAUUUCUGUGUUUCUCAGAAUUCCAGUCUACUUCAGAUUGAAAACGGAGAUAAAUUGUAUUUUAUGAGCUCCAGUAAAUAUUUUUACUGGAUUGGACUCUCUUACCAUAAAGAAUGUGAUGCCUGGUUGUGGGAAGAUGGCUCCAGUGUCUCCCAAGAUCUAUUGCUAUUAGUUCAAAAAUUAAGUCCGGAGAAAUGUGUAAUGUAUAACGCAAGACAAAGUGUUUUGGAUGAACCCUGUGACGAUAAAUAUCGUUUUAUAUGUAAACAAAAAGUUAUUUAGUGUUUCUUGGAGUGGAAGGGGUGGGUGGUGAAGAUUCAGUAGUAUAAGAGAAAAAGUCCUUAUACUUACUACUUAACAUUCAUUAAGAUUGCAAGAUCAAUGAGGAGAAUAACUUUACCUCUUAUAUUAUUGCUAAUUAUCUACUUCUGGGAUCUGUAAAAUGUUUCAAAUCAAGUCUUGUGAUACAAUUUUCAUAUAUUUGAAAUAAUGUUUUAAAAUUGGUGAAAUUUGUGCACCUAUAUCUGUAAUAACAAUGCAUCAAGGUAAAAAAUUUCAGGACUGUUGUAAUUUAAUGCAUAUGUUCAAUAUUAAAUUGAACAAUUUAUGCAUAUAUUCUUGUAAAUUUUCUUUGCAGAAAUUCAAAUAAAAUAAUUUGCAUCAAAUGACCUAUAUCAAUGUCAUUUAAGUUCUUUGUAAGGCAUAGUAAAUUGGAAGUCCCAUCUUCAUUUUACUUUUCUGGAACUUAGUUCUUUCUAGAUAUCUAUAUAUCUAUAUGUUUUAAUUCAGAGCUUAAAGUGUCAUAUGACAGCUUCCUCAUGUGUAUCAUCAGACUUUAGAGGGGAACAUAUUUGUGUUCUUCUCUUGAUGGUGCUGAGUUCUGUAGAAUAAUUUUGAAUCUUUGUCCAAAUAGUGGUUCCCAUGUGAUUGUUUUUAGCUUUUGCAAGGGUAAAUGGAAUCCAAGCCUGAUCACAUAAAUUUGCAAUACUUAUUUUUCUAUCCUACACAUCUUUCUUGCCUUAUGGUUAUCCACCAGUAAAAAGUCACUGAGAUGUAAAUUGAAGAUCUUAAUCUCUAAUCAACCCCAAGCCUUUUUCCUAAAAGUUAGGUGUGAAAUACUGAACAAUUCCCUUUUUCUGUCGGGGGAGGGAGCAACCCAUUUAACUGAGGGGCUUCUGACUGUGUCAGAGAAGGGUGGGAACAUAGUACGGUCUGAUGUCUGUGACCUGGAUGGGGUUUUCCUAAUAUCACAGAUAUCAAAAGCCAAUUCCCUUUUUUAAAACUAUUGCAUAUACAUCUUUAAAAAUUUAUAUUGACACAUCUUUUUGUUUUAUAUUUCAAUUAAAUUAUAAUAAUUAAGAACCUCAAUUUG